AUGGCGACUUCCUCAGCGUCUCCCCUCGCCGUCGCAGCCGUCACACUCGCCGCAGCCAGGGCCUCCUCCUCCUCCACGACUCCCGGUCCAAUAUUCGCCAGCGGCUCCGUAUUCGCCGGCCACCCCCGACCUCCAAGUACCAAUGAGCAACGAUAUGCCUACGGGCAACCUCAGUCCCAUCCGCCUGUCGCAGCCCCCUUUCACGGGAUCCAACCCUCUCCGCCCCCGCCUCCACCUCCAUAUACACCAACACCCCCAGCACCACCACCACCCGGUGUUCCACAACCGCCCCCAAAGAUCCCACAGGGACUUCAAAAUGUACCAACCCAACAAAGUGAUCAGACGGGGCAAACUCCGCUGCUUGCUCAGGGCGCGGGACCGGCGGCGAUGACUGGAUCUUACGAAUACCGCCCGCCUAUCCUCAAUACAAACACAACAUAUACCGGCGCAUCGGCUCUGGGCCUUGGAACACCAUCGGAUUGGGAGCAUCUUAGCCCAACCCCUGGACACUUCGAUGAUGCAGCGUGGUUCCCACCGCGUAGGACACCCCCUGCACAGCACGAAGGGUUUCAACCACCACCAAGGCCCCCGGGCGAUAUUUUCAACGUUUCUGUGGGAAGCGAGUCUGACAUCGUCGCUCGCCCGAGAACAGAUACAAAUGAAACGCUUUCAAGUACUGUCUCUGGAGUGACACAGUCGGGACAGGGUACCUCAAAUUCGCCCGUCAGUCCAUGCACAGCACAUCGGCUACCAACACCGCCUCCACUGGCCCGCGCGGAUACCACUAGCUCUGCCUUAUCUAUGGGACGCUCGGAAAGCAUUGAUAAUGUAAUAGAUGCAUGGGUUCGCCCAUUAUCUCCUGCGCCUAAACCAGCUCAACUGGAACAUCAGGAUCGCCCCGGCGCAUUCUAUCAAAAUAGCCCAGUAGAGCGCUCACAGUCAGCGCAAAUCAGCUCCUCAUUUGUCGACCAUUUACGAUCGAAUUCAAAUAGUUCUGCACGAAUGGUCGAAGAACCCAGAAGGGCGGCUACGCCGAAAAUCCAAGAUCCCUUCGAGGAUCUGGACCCCUGGUCUAAAUCAUCGUUGGAAAGAUUUGUCGCCACACUACGUAAAGAGGCAGUGGCUGACUCGGACGAAGAGCGAUAUAAGAUCUUCACGGCUUUCAUGGCUAAGGAGACUAAGCUCCGGGAGAUUCUCUAUAAUAUUGAGCAUGAGCCUGAAAUUAAACCGCUGACUCCGCGAGCUCCUGACCCCGCUCCUCAUCAUCCACCAUCUGCUUCCAACGAAAACAAACCACCUGUUGAGUCAGGACUGAUACCUGUUUUGUCAGAAGAAAUCUCGCCUCCCUUGUCGGCAACAGCAACAGAGGAUCAAGAUCUCGAUGAUGUUGCCAGUGAGUAUAGUUCAGGUGGUCGACCCCUACUCGCUAAGCAAGCGGGCCGGGCCUCGCAGUUUCUCCCUAGUUUAUCUGCUGUGCCCUCGGAUGCAGAGUCGACCUAUCUCUCAAGGCCCAUCUCGAUCAUGUCAGUAGAUACGCAGAAGCAAGUCUUGGAGCCCCUGACUACGAAUCCUCCUCGACCCAUAUACACGCCAUUCCAGUAUACGGAGGGUCCUCAGCGCGGCUCAGAUAACCUCACCUUUGCUCGCCCGGCCUACCAAGCCUAUUCGGAUCUGCGGCACGCGGCUGUCAGUGGACGAGUCAUGUCAAAUGCACCGCCACCUACAUCUCGAUCGAGGUCAAGCACUGCACUUGCUUCUCCAACCCAGAACGAACAUGAUGAGACUUUUCUCGGUCUCAUCCGUCACAAGAGCGUCGCUUAUUCUAAGCCGGCUGAACGAAAAUCUCCGCCGCUUCCAUCGUUGCCAGGAACUCUUCGUCAAGGCCGGCCGAGGACCCUCGUGGAAGAACUACGCACCAUAGUAUGGAAACCUUUGGACAAGCAGUCUGAAAGCUCAUGGCACAUCACGACUCGGGAAGGACUCGAAAAUUUCCCUGAUGAUUUCUCAUACAUCCGAUGGACUGCCGAUCAAUGGGAAGAAACAGCGCAAGCAAAACGGCGAAAGGUGGAGCACGAGCGCAUGGCUCGUCAGGAUGAAUCUGAGGCGCAUAUCGAUGAUCUUUUCAAUGGGAAAGAGAUUGGAUAUGCGGAUAUCAAUACCCUAGAAGAAGACUUCCGGCAAACUGAAGCUCGGGCUCAGUUAGAGGAGGAACGACACGAAGUCGACGAUUUCAUGACAAAUGUCUUCAACCCCUUGGAUGAACGCCUGAAAAAUGAAAUCUCGGGGCUUCGCAAGUCCUACGACUCUGCUCUCAGUCAACUCGACCGUGAUCAACAGGGCAAAGGCUCACAAAGCGAGCGAAACAGCCCGUCCGUGACCAUGAAAAUGGUCAAUAAUAUUCACAACAAGCUUGAAAUCCGAUUCCAGAAACGUCUUGAGUUGGCCCUCGACUGUGAGCGACGACGGAAGAAGGCUGAGCGACGACCACUUGUGGUGAUGGGGGAUGUGGUUGGUCUGCGAAAACUUGACGCCGAAUUUGACCAGAUGGAACGGCGAAAUGUUCUAGAAGCAUGCAAGGAUCGUGAUGACCGAGCUAACCGACUCAUGGAUUCCUUUGACGAUGCAAUCUUGAACGGACUAGGUAUAAACCAGACCCUCCUGGACGAGGUUGCCUCUAAAGCAGCCCGUCUAGAUACCACCACCCUCCGAGCCUCCGGUCUACCGGAUUCUGAAAUUGAGCAGAUUCUCAAAUCUGCAGCAACCUUUGCGGCGUCUCUCCGAGCCGAUUCGGAAGCCAUCAUCCGCAGCGCUGGGGUUGCAGAUAUGGCCCUCAAUGACGCCGACUAUGAAGUCUCCGUCGCUGAAGCGCGAUAUGCCAACUCAGAUCCGGAUAUUUUCAAUCGGCUGGCGGAUGAGAAGCAAAAAGAGGAUGAGAAAAUCCAGGAUGACCUGAAUUCAAAGUUGCAGAGCAUUCAGAAGGGGCCUGUGCAGAUUGAGGCCACAAUUCAACGCCUUCUCGUUGGCUUGCACAACGAUCCCCAUACCGCUGCCCCGGUCUCUCCAGUCCAAGACUCUUUCCCAAUGAGAUCAUCUGGUGAUGUGUCUCUACCUCCAAGUCUUCGCCCUUCAACGACUAGCCCGGGUCCAUCUCCCAGCCCAGCGCCCGUGGGCCAAAAGACGGAUGAAGACUUGGAACAUAAGCAGAGGCUUCUUAGAGCGUUAGAGGCAGCCAAGCAGCGCAACGCUGCCAGGGGCCACCAUUGA